UUUGUUUACUGUUGUAUCUUCAUAAAUCUUAUGUUUUUGUUUCUUCUUUUUCAUUCGAAAUUACGAAAUUUCAUUUCUUGAAAAAAACCCAUGUUUUGUUUUUAAAAUCUGACACUUAAUCUUUGAUUAGUUCCAACAUGCAGUGAUUUAACUUUGGAUUAUAUGACUUGUUAACUGAUAUGGGGAUUCUGGAUUUUGGCUACUGAUAUCUGAUUUACUUUUUCUGUUGAAAUCUGCUCGGGGGGUAUUUGAGUUUCUGCAUUUCGUUUGCUAAGUGUGUUUACCGCUUGUUUAGUACAUGAUCAAAGCAGUGUUUGAUAGCUUUUAAAGCCGUAAAUUUCGAAAAUUGCUUGAUGAGUAUUUUGCUAGUGUUCUCAGCAGCUAAAUUUGAUCUUGUAUUGCUGGUAUACCUUAUAAGAGUUUGUUAGAUUUCGGUGGUACGGUUUUGGUGAAUUAUUAAUCGUAGUUCGUGUUGUUGAAUGUAAUCUAAUGAUCCUUGCACAGUGUGCAUAAUUGUUAAUUCGUUUCAAUUCAAUGAUGUGUAGAACUUCUUUUGCUUUCUGGGUUUGCAAAACUAGGUUAAGAAUUUUGAGCAUAGAUAAUAAUUAUAGGGAUUAGGUUUGAGAGUCUUGGACCUUAAGCACACAUGGGUUAAGUGUGGGGAAGAAUUGUUGAUGAACUUGCUUUAGUUUGAAAUAUUAGAUAUAAACAGAUAUGCGCUUUUCCAAAUCAAAUACCCUCGAAAAGACAUUGGGCAAACCAGUCUAUAGAUGCCUACUCAAUUAUGUCCAAAACACACCCCUAAAAGUUUGAACUUUAUAUGGUUUUGUAGGUGGAAGUGGUCUAUAUACUUGAUUAAUUGAAGGAUUGUUGUAAAUUUUCCGCUGUGUCUUUGUAAAUUUCUAUAAAGGAGUGGUAGAAUUUUAUGUGGGAAAUUUUGUGUGGAAGGGGAUAGUUACUUUAUAGAGGAUGAUGCUGGAUGUUUGUAGCCUGUAGGACAACCUGCAGGGACUGUACCCUUAUGUAGGGCAAGAUGCAUCACAUUGUGCGUGACUAGAUUUUCCAUUUCUUCGUGAAAUCUAUGUCCCAAACAUAUAGGACUCAAUGGUUUUGUGGGAAUCGAAUAUCUGCUUUGUAACAUUCAUAACACUACAAGGAAUGGGACCUUUACGGAACGGGACAUUAUAUCUUUCUCUAUUGGUCUUUGCUUUAGAUUUUAUGUUACAUCAAUGAGUCAUCUUGUGUUAGGAGUUAGGACCCAAUUUGGGAGGUUGUGGAUUCUAUAUGAUACGAUCUUUUUAAAGCUGAAUUCUUUUCAAGAAAAGAAAACUUGGGGAUUGUAUGGGAAGUGCUUUUAAUUCACUGAAAGCGUUUUUAGAGAAAAUGCUUUUGGGUUCCAAAAGCAUUUCCUAGGGUUAACUUGCAUUUUUACUAAGGAUUGGUUUCAAAAACAUUUUUCUCUAAAAACGCUUUUAGUCAUUUAAAAGCAUUUCCCAAAUGAGCCCUUAAUCUUUAUAAAGCUGAGGUAUUGUGGUGAUACUGUAAUAGCAUAUGUGUCUAAAACUACCACUUGCAUAUCUGGUAUAAGUGGGUCAUGAAUAAUAUACUUUUCAUAGCAUUUUGAAAAGCUUGUGUUUAUUUAUACUUAUCAUGCAAAAAUAAUAACCUUAACAAUGUUAUCUAUUAUUUGUAGUGAACAAGUAGGCACCUUGUACUCAAGGCUGAUGGAGCCUAAUGGUCAUAGGAGAGUAAGGAGAAAGGAUGUCCUAGAAAAUGGUGACAUGAGUCAGUCAAAUUCAGGUGAUGAGCUGGAUCCAUGGACUGCAUGGGCUUACAAACCUCGGACCAUUUCAAUGUUGCUUAUUGGCGCAUGCUUCCUUAUUUGGGUAAGUGGAUCCCUAGACCCAGAAAGCAGUGCAUCUGGAGAUGUUGUUACAUCUGUAAAAAGGGGUAUAUGGGCGAUGAUUGCAGUUUUUCUUGCUUAUUGCUUGCUGCAAGCCCCAUCUACGGUGCUUAUCAGACCACAUCCAGCAAUUUGGCGCUUGGUUCAUGGAAUGGCUGUUGUUUACCUUGUUUCUCUCACAUUUUUGCUUUUCCAGAAGCGUGAUGAUGCUCGGCAGUUUAUGAAGUUUCUCCAUCCAGAUCUUGGUGUUGAACUUCCAGAAAAAUCUUAUGGUGCCGAUUGUCGCAUAUAUUUGCCUGAAAAUCCUACUAGCAGGUUUAAGAAUGUUUAUGAAACUCUUUUUGAUGAAUUUGUUGUGGCUCAUAUAGUUGGAUGGUGGGGAAAGGCUAUAUUGAUCCGUAAUCAGCCCCUUCUGUGGGUGCUUUCAAUCGGAUUUGAGUUGAUGGAGUUUACCUUCCGCCAUAUGUUACCAAACUUCAAUGAAUGCUGGUGGGAUAGUAUCAUUCUUGACAUUUUGAUCUGCAACUGGUUUGGUAUCUGGGCAGGAAUGCAUACGGUCAGGUACUUUGAUGGAAAAACAUACAAGUGGGUUGGUCUGAGCCGUCAGCCAAAUAUUAUUGGAAAAGUCAAACGAACACUGGGGCAGUUUACACCGGCUCAGUGGGACAAGGACGAGUGGCAUCCCUUGCUAGAUCCAUGGCGUUUCAUUCAAGUCCUCACUCUUUGCAUUAUAUUCAUGACUGUAGAGCUUAAUACAUUCUUUCUUAAGUUCUGUCUAUGGAUUCCUCCCCGGAACCCCUUGAUCGUUUAUAGGUUAAUCCUGUGGUGGCUAAUUGCAAUUCCGACAAUUCGCGAGUACAAUUCAUACCUUCAAGAUCGUAAACCAGUGAAGAAAGUAGGGGCAUUUUGUUGGCUUUCUGUCGCUAUUUGCAUUAUUGAACUUCUCAUUUGCAUCAAGUUUGGACAUGGAUUAUAUCCUAAACCAAUGCCAUUAUGGCUGGUAACGUUUUGGGCAUCCGCCGGAGCGGCCCUCGUGAUUUUUUUGAUAAUCUGGUCAUGGCAACUGCAUCAAAGUUUACGGCGAAAGAGGCAAUGAAUUUACAAUUGUGUACAUCAUUCUUUGAUUUGCUUCGUCGUCUCAAAGGGUUUCGAUGUCGAUGCGUGUUGUAAAUAUUUUAUCAGCUUUUUAUUAAAUUUGUACAUCCAUCCUGAUUUUCUUAUAGAUUAGUGGAUCACAGUUCCUUGAGUAGAGAAUAUUCAUUCUUUUCUUGCAAGGCAGCUGGUGAAAUUACUGGUUUGCCCCCAUUACUGGCAAAUUUUUAAGAGGAUGAGCCUUGUUUAGUUUUUUAUUUUUUAUUUUUUAUUUUUAUGGGUUAAAUUUUUGUUUUUUGACAAAAGCGUUAGGGUUAAAUGUUAAGGGAAGGGAAAUCGGUGGUGAUCGAAUCUGCAUUAAGGGGCAUAAUUAUUAUUACUUUCCAACUUUUCGUCAUUGUGGUAAAGCGCCACUUGCAGUUAAAAAUUUGUUAGUUGCAUCAAUAUUUCAUCUAUGUAAUAAUGUACCAAAUGAGUCAUGGCAAACAGCUGAGUCAAAUUUCAUUGAUGGUAUAGAAUUUGUCAAUCCGCUUUGCUCGUUCA